AUGGAUCGCAGGACAUUCGAAGGUCCCAUGGAAUGGGAAUACCAAGAUCGUGGCCCUCUGGAUGCAACCAGUCCAUUUUCUCAUGUCGCAAAAGGCAACAAUCAAAACAUCUUCAAAUCCCCAAGCAAAUUUGCAAGCUCCAAGCCAAAUUUGUUCGCCAGUAGCCCCUCCAAACCAAACCCUUUCGCGAACAGCCCCUCCAAGCCUCUCCCCGCCCUCCCGCCGCAGACAUCUCUCUUCUCUCCGAGGAUUCAGAGCAGCAACACGGCACCGCCUUUUCGCAAUCCCGCAUUUACCACGCCACGCAAGCCCUUCGAUGAGUCGGCCUUUUCGGAAGCCUCCGGCGCAGAAACUAGCCCCGCCUUGACGGAAAACUCGGAGUUUCCUGACGAUACCCCAGAUAUCGACCGAUUUGGAGAUGCGAAUAUGGGCACUAUGACGCCAUCCAAGGUUGACAAAAGCUAUCGCUACGGCAAAGUUGGACUGCUGUCAUCAAAACGUCAUGCGCCAGGCAAAGGCGAGAUUCCGAGAGGGACAAGAGACUACCCUGCCAUAAGGAAGCGGAAGCGACACAACCUGGAUCGGGAUGUUGGCGGAAGUGUACGAUGGCACGGCUCGCAGGACUGGGAUUCCGAAUACAAUUCAGAUGAUGACGCCCCUCGCCAGACGUCAGCUAAGCGUAACGGGAGCAAAAAGAGGGCAGGUCGCAGCUGGAUCGGCAAUCUGUUCCACACCCUCGAAGAACAUCCCAACGCCCCGGAGAACCUUUAUCGCUGGAUACAGCUGCUAGUCAACUGCAUUCUUGUCUCAGCAUUCGUGUUCUUCUGCUGGUCCAUCCUAGACACAAUUCGAGGUGACAUCAGAAACGCCAACGAAGUGGCUCGUCAGGAAAUUGAGAGCAGGAUGGCAGAGUGUCGCUCGGAAUAUCAGCUCAACGAAUGUGCCAAGAAGGACAGGCCAGCGCUGAAGGCCAUGUGCGACGAGUGGUACGAGUGCAUGAUCCAGGAUCCCUCGGCCAUCAUGCGUGUAAGAGUUACGGUCAAGCAAAUCGCAGAAAUUCUGAACGAAUUUGCCGGCGCAAUGCAGGUCAAGGCCUGGGUGUUCUUUUUCGGCAUUCUUCUCUUAUGUAUCGUCGCCAACAAUCUCACGCUUGGUCGUCUAGCAAGUACGGCCAGCGCGGAUCGGGCCGCGUCAACGCAUCGGGCGGCUUCAGGGGUCGCACCGGAGCCGUCAGUCAUCCCCGAGCCGUCGCAUGCGUACAUGUGGGUUCCAGUUCAGACACCAUCACACCGCCGGCAUCUUAGAUACGACAGCGACGCCACAGAUACGGAUGGCGCAUCACCGCCAAAGCUUAAAACGAUCAUGCCGCCCCGAACGCCUUCAGGACGACGCAGCCCAAGCAAGGGUGACCGGGACCGUCUACGGAGCCCAACCAAGUACGGGCUCAGUCCAGUCAAGGGGCAUUAA